AAAUUAAUUGUGAUAAUUAGUUGACUUAUUGGGAGCGAGUGAGUGGUUUGAUAAAAAUAAAAAACCGAAACUGAGAGAUAGUCUGAACGUAAAUAAAAUUUUGAGAGAUGCUAAAAAUAAAAACCUUAUUGGCGACAACUCUGGUUCUAAACUCAGAUUGUGACUCUAACUCGGGAGCUGUUUCACUGUUUGGUCUCGAAUCCAUCAUGAGCACCCAAUCAACCAACGAUCCAAACUCCAUCUUCCAUUUUACUGUCAAGGAUGCUAAAGGCCAAGAUGUGGAUCUUGCCACUUACAAGGGAAAAGUCUUGCUCCUUGUUAAUGUUGCUUCUAAAUGUGGCAUGACCAACUCAAAUUAUGUGGAGUUGAAUCAACUAUACGGGAAAUACAAAGACAAAGGGCUGGAAAUUCUGGCAUUUCCUUGUAAUCAAUUUGGUGAGGAAGAACCCGGAAGCAAUGAUGAAAUUGCGGACUUUGUCUGCACUCGCUUUAAAUCUGAAUUCCCCAUCUUUGAUAAGAUUGAAGUGAAUGGGGACAAUGCUUCACCCUUGUAUAAAUUCUUAAAGUCAGGUAAGUGGGGAAUUUUUGGGGAUGAUAUUCAGUGGAACUUUGCCAAGUUUCUGGUUGACAAAGAUGGGCAAGUGGUAGAUCGUUAUUAUCCCACCACAUCUCCUCUUAGCCUUGAGCGAGACAUCCGUAAGCUAAUUGGUAUUGUCUAAGUGGAAAGAUUGAGCCGGGAAGAGAGGAUGUUGUGAAUGUCAAAGCAUCUUUUCUUGACUUUAUUUAGUUCCCUUUGUGAAGUCUGGUUGUGUAUAAAGGUUUGUGACUAAUUGAACUAGACUUGCUUAUUCUCAUGGGCAAUAUGAUGCCUGGUUGAUCAUGCCUAGUUUUAUUGGGAUUAUGAGAGCAUAAAUCUUAAACAAAUAAUCAUAUACCAAUGAUCAAUAUGAAAAGUUAUUCGAUGGUCAUCACGUGAAGAAAAAACCAUAUUACUUUA